AUGAAAAACUUAAGCAUCUUCUUCUUUCCUUUACUUGCCCAUGGCCAUAUGAUCCCAACUCUCGAUCUCGCCAAGCUAUUUAGUUCAAAAGGAGUCAAAUCUACCAUUAUCACCACUCCAAGAAACGUCCGUCAUUUUGAAAAAGCAAUUGAUCGAGCAGUACAACUAGGUCAGGAAAUAUCCAUCAAAGUUAUUCCUUUCUCGGCGAAGGAAAAUGGCUUACCGGAAAACUGUGAAUGUGCCGAUGAAGUUCCAUUUGAAGACGAUAUGAUGCCCAAAUUCUUCUGUGCCAUGUCCAAGCUUCAACCCGAACUCGAACGGAUUUUGGACGAAUUCCGACCGGAUUGUCUAGUUGCCGACAUGUUCUUCCCGUGGGCCACCGAUUCCGCCGCGAAAUUUGGAAUUCCGAGGUUGGUUUUCCAUGGAAUGAGCUUCUUUUCUCUCUGUGCUAUUCAUUGCUUGACGAUUCAUAAACCUCAUGGUAAUGUGGUUUCCGAAACAGAGCCAUUUGUUAUUCCGACUCUUCCUCAUGAAGUUAAGAUGAUGAAAAUGCAGUUGGCUGAUCAUCAUAAAGAGGAAUCUGAUACAGAAUUCUCUCGUUUGAUUGAAAGAGUGAAGGAAUCAGAACUCGUUAGCUAUGGGGUUAUCGUAAACAGCUUUUACGAGCUGGAACCUGAUUACGCAGAUUACUUCCGGCGAGUUUUAAAAAGGAGAGCUUGGCAUGUCGGUCCUGUUUCUCUCUGUAACAGAGAGAUUCAAGAUAAAGCAAACAGAGGUAAAGAAUCUUCAAUUGACAAACAUGAAUGUCUGAAAUGGCUAAACUUGAAGAAACCCAAAUCAGUAAUUUACAUAAGCUUCGGUAGCGUAGCUGAAUUUUCCAAAUCCCAGAUGAUUGAGAUCGCCGCCGGACUUGAAGAUUCCGGCCAUUCUUUCAUAUGGGUUGUUCGUCAAGAAAAGAAUGAUGAACUCUUACCAGCGGGAUUCGAAAACAGGGUUAAGGAAAGAGGGUUAAUCAUAUGGGGUUGGGCUCCUCAAGUUUUGAUUCUUGAACAUGAAUCGAUCGGUGGAUUCUUAACCCAUUGUGGAUGGAACUCGAUUCAAGAAGCGAUUUGCGCCGGUGUUCCAAUGGUGACUUGGCCGGUGUCUGCUGAACAGUUUUUUAAUGAAGUUAUGGUUAAAGAUAUUCUUAAAAUUGGUGUUGAAGGUGGAUCUAAACGUUGGACAUUUAGAACACCGGUUGAGGAGGUUAAGAGAGAGAUGAUCGCCGGUGCAGUGAAGAGGGUGAUGAAAGGAGAGAUUGCGGAGGGAAUGAGAGAGAGAAUGAUUGCGUUGAAGAAGAAGGCGAUGAUGGCGGUUGAAGAAGGUGGUUCUUCUUAUACUGAUCUUGAUGAUCUUCUUCAUCAGUUAUCAGAUAAAUAG